GCAACAACGGAAAAGGAAAUCAGUAACGCAUAGUGCGUAUUUACAUUCACAGACGAUAACUUCAGCUGCAAGUUUCCAAGAUGGGACUACGAAGUUUAGAAUUGAUUUGCAUGUUUACUAUAUUUGCAAUAAACCAUCAUGGCCAAAUUGGGAAAUCCUUAACUUCUGUGGAUGCCCGUAUCAUUCCACCUGCAUUUAAGACAGACAAUCCCAGCGAAAAAGAGGACCUGCAAAAUAAUUUUUUAAAUAGGCCAAACCGUUAUGCCAAUAAACUCUCGUAUUCAAAUAGUGAAAGUGGCGAGGAGAAAUCAACUAUUUCUAAACCAAGACGCUCCAGCACAGACAACCCAGAUGUUGGAGAAAAAUAUCCGAGAUUUCAACCAAACGAUACUGACGAAGUAAUAGAUGAGAAUGAUAGAACUGAUGGUGAUGAAAGAGGGUCGUCUUUAUUUACAACACCAUUCCCUGCUUACACCGGAGCAACUAAAUCUAGGCAUAUAACAUGGGGACCACUGCCAACCUCUAGGAUUCAACCUCCUCCGCGUAGAACGACAGUUCUACAUCAACCUCGCGUAGAUAUACCGGUAACAAUCAUUGCAGGACGUAUCCCCGCACAACUUAAUUCACGAAAGCAAUCAGUAAGUUCAAGUAUCAGAGGUGUGAGCGACUCCGACGUUGGACUAGUCGCUGGAAUCUUUAUGGGUAUAUUUUUUCUUCUGGGGAUGGUGCUUGUUUUCAAUAUUCAAUGUAUUAGAGCGCGAUUUAAAUAAGUUGUUUUUACAUUCUUUAUUGGUCUGUAUAAUAAUGUUCAAUAAUAAUCAUGUUGACAAGUUUUAUAUUUUAUGCUAUAAAUUUGUUGAGUAUAAGAACACAAUUUCGUUGAAAAUAUAUUUCAUAUUCUUUAUAUUAAAUAGGCCUAUACGAUUAUAUGCCUAAUCAUGGAUGAAUGCACACUAUUUUUCCAUGCUUAAAGUCUCUAACGAAGUUCUUAAAAGUAUAAUUUGAAUUUAACAUUUUGAAUUUAUUGGCAUCCCGGAGCAAUUAAAAAUUUAUGAGCUACUGAACUUUUAACUUGAAGGAAAUUCAACAUUGAGCCUCAUUUUUACGAGGAUAAGACACAAUUCUGCUGCCCACGGGAAUUGAAACCAGGAUUACUCUAUAUUUAAUGUAAAUGAUGGGGCCUAUAUAAUUUUACAUUUAUUGUAUUAGUAGUAUCAAAAAGUUUUCUCUAUUAUUUCAAGGUAUAUAUCUUUAAAUAUUUAUGUACGAAGCUUUCGAACCUUGGAUCUCCAACAAAUAUGGUCCAAGAAAAUACCAUGUUAUAUCAAAGAUUUGCCUAGCAAAAAUUACGUAAUUCUACAUAGGCCUAGGCCUAUCGUUUAUGAUAGUAAACUGUAAAAUAUAAUAUUUUAAAGGCAAUUUACUGUUGUAUUCCCGUUUUUAUUUACAGCAAUGUAUGAACGGAAUCCCGGUCAUUUUCAAGUGAAUUCAAAUUCAUUAAAUAUGGUUUAGCACUCAUUAAGCAAAGAUUUACAUACUAGAAAGUUUCAUAAUUGUACAUUAUUCUUACAUUAAUAAACUGUAAAAAUGUAAUUUUUCGUUGUGUCCAGUUAGUUUCCACCUGUGUUCACACAUGAUAACGCGUAAUCAACGUAGCGCUGAAUACAGGCCGGAACUGUAUUAUUAAGACCUAAGACUCAUAUAGUUGAGGGAUGAUUUUUAAUAUUUUGUAAUACCGUACCAAUGCUGUAUUUUAUGGGAUGGGAGUCCCAUCUUAUAAAAUUCAGGAGUCAAGUUAAAGUUUAUAAAUAAUUAAAAAUUACACACAUACUAGAUAAUUCAUUAGUAAUUAUUACUAGUGUAAUUGUUUUUAUUGCAAUAUUGUACGCUUUAGACUAAAACUUUAUACGAAAAAGGAACCUUUCUCCAUCUCCUCUACCACAAUAAUUGUUGGUAAAAUCAGGAAGAUUUAAAUAAAGUAUUGAGAUAGACGGUGUUUGCGUACGUCCUUUGUUAAAAAACUUGGUAUAUCUUGUAAAGGUUUCUAGCCAUAGAUACUAUAUAAAUAUAAACGUGCUGGGCCGGGCCCAAACAACUAUACCUGGAUUAAGUCCUGGACCGGCCUGGAGCUUGCCGAAGUUUUAAAUGAGUUGCUAUAAUAAAUGUUUUUUAUGCUUGUGAAAUAUUAUGUAUGUAUAUUAAAGUUUCAUAUUUGCAAUACGAAA